AUGAUAUGUCUGGCUGAUAAUGGUAUUGUACAUGGUGAUCUAGCUUGUCGUAAUGUACUCGUUUAUCGUAUGGAUAACUCUGAGCCUCGACGAAAUUUAGUAAACUUAACAGAUUUUGGUUUUACACGUGCUAGUACAUUCUAUUCAGUUACCAGUAGCACAAGAUCGUCAACUUUAACAGUUAUUCCUGUGCGAUAUGCUGCAUCCGAACUUCUUCAAGAUACAGAUAGACCUAUUUAUUCUCAAAAAUCUGAUAUAUAUUCAAUGGGUGCACUUAUGUGA